CUGCCAUAUGUCGCAUCAUCGCAUGUCGCGCUCAGAGCAAAUUUGAUUUUAGGUUGCAUUGUGCAUUUUAUGGAUUAUUUUAUGAUAAUUUUUAAUAAAAAGUAAUAUUAGUGAGCCAUUUAAUAUUUAAGAAUAUUUUCUUUAUUGUUGUGUAGUUUGCGAGUGUUUCGUUACUAUGGAUGACGACAACAAGGAUAGUAAACGCAAGAAAAAUAAACAUGAUGAGGAAGAUGAAUAUCGCAAAGAAAGGGGGCCUAAAAGAGCACGAUCUCGGUCGCGAUCGCCGGCCGAUCGUCGUGACAAGGAGUCCAGGCGGAAACGCAGGCAUUCACGGUCAGAAUCUCCAGAGAAACGUUCUAGAGCAAAUAGGCAACAAGACGAGGAGGCAAAGGAACCAGAAGUAAAAAAGGAGGCCCCUGUGCGAAAAAACAAAGAAACAGACAUGUUAAAUACAAGAACUGGUGGUGCUUAUAUCCCUCCAGCGCGCCUUCGCAUGAUGCAAGCACAGAUCACAGAUAAAUCGUCAAUGGCUUACCAGCGUCUAGCCUGGGAAGCUCUAAAAAAAUCUAUACAUGGAUUCAUUAACAAGAUUAACGUAGGUAACAUUGGCAUUAUUAUUAAAGAAUUGUUGAAGGAGAAUAUAGUCCGUGGGCGAGGUUUGCUGUGUCGUUCUGUGAUCCAGGCACAGGCGGCGUCUCCUACAUUCACUAACGUCUAUGCGGCCCUAGUAGCGGCAGUCAACUCUCGUUUUCCCAAUAUCGGAGAGUUGCUACUGAAAAGAUUGGUAAUACAGUUCAAGAGAGGAUUCAAACGGAACGACAAAGCUAUUUGUAUAUCCUCUGCUUCAUUUAUAGCUCAUCUUGUGAACCAAAGAGUAGCACAUGAAAUUUUGGCGUUAGAGCUAUUAACAUUACUUGUGGAGUCACCAACAGAUGAUUCUGUGGAAGUUGCCAUAGCCUUCUUGAAGGAGUGUGGACAGAAACUAACUGAGGUAUCGUCGAAAGGUUGCAACGCCAUCUUUGAGAUGUUGAGGAAUAUUCUUCAUGAGGGGCAGUUGGACAAGAGGGUGCAGUACAUGAUUGAGGUGAUGUUCCAAGUGUGGAAGGAUGGGUUCAAAGACCACCCUGCUGUGGUUGAGGAGUUGGAACUGGUGCCUGAAGAGGAGCAGUUCACACAUCUCCUUAUGUUGGAUGAUGCUACAGAUGCUAUGGAUAUUCUGAAUGUUUUCAAAUUUGACGAGAAAUAUGAAGAGAAUGAACAAAAAUAUAAGACGUUGAGCAAAGAGAUUCUUGGUUCUGAUGCUGACACAGAUGAUGAAGACGGUUCUGGUGAAAGUGGCAGCGAAGAUGAUGAUGAAGAAGAAGAGGAAGAAACUAGUGAAGAACAGAAAAUGACAAUCAUAGACAACACGGAAACAAAUCUGGUUGCUCUGAGGAGGACUAUUUACUUGACUAUCAACUCCAGUUUGGACUUUGAGGAGUGUGCCCAUAAACUCAUGAAGAUGCAACUGAAGCCUGGCCAAGAAAUAGAGCUCUGUCACAUGUUCCUUGACUGCUGUGCUGAGCAGAGAACAUAUGAGAAAUUCUAUGGCCUCCUAGCACAACGGUUUUGCAACAUCAAUAAGAUCUACAUAGGACCAUUUGAGGAAAUCUUUAAAGACUCAUACAGCACCGCUCACAGACUGGACACAAACAGACUGAGGAAUGUAAGCAAGUUCUUUGCUCAUCUUCUCUUCACGGAUUCCAUCAGUUGGGAAGUGCUAGAAUGUGUUAGGUUGAAUGAGGAGGAUACAACAAGCUCCAGCCGUAUUUACAUCAAGAUUCUCUUCCAAGAGCUGGCGGAGUACAUGGGUUUGAAGAAACUGAAUGACCGUCUUAAAGACCCGACCCUGCAGGAGGCCUUCCAAGGCGUCUUCCCGCGAGACAACCCUAAAAAUACGAGGUUCUCCAUCAACUUCUUCACCUCCAUUGGCCUGGGUGGACUUACUGAUGAGCUGCGUGAACACUUGAAGCAAAUGCCAAAGAACGUGCCGCCCCCGGUGACGGAGAUCAACCUGGACAGCGACUCCAGCUCCGACUCCAGCAGUGACAGCAGCGACAGCAGCUCGGCCUCCAGCGAUUCUAGCUCCUCUAGCGAAUCAGAAGACGACAGCAAUAAGAAGAAAAAGAAAAAGGACAAGAAAUCUAAAGAGGGUAAAAAGAAAAAUAAAGAUAAGGCGCCUGAAACUCCGAAAGACCCUGAACCUGCUGAUAAAGUAGAACGAUGGGGUCACGAUGGUUUCUACGAUACCUAUGGGAAGGAUGCUCGGCGGGCUGACCCCAGACAGGAGAGAGAUGGCGAGUUCCUCAGACCAUUUGACAGACGUCCGACCAGACCAGAUGAUAGAAGGAGCAGGGAUGAACGUAACGGCGAUAGCCGCCAAGAAGAGAGGAGGCGCAAUGACAGGGAAGACGACAGGCGCAGGGAUGAUAGAAACGAAGACAGGGAAGAUUCUAGAAAGAAACGUGAUGAUAGAGACACACGUCGUGACGAUGACUACAGAUCGAGAAAAGAAGAAGAUCGUCCGAGGAGAGAAGAAGAUAGAAGUAGGAAAGAAGAAGAUAGAAGUAGAAGAGAAGAAGAUAGAAGUAGAAGAGAGGAAGAUAGGCCUAGGAGAGAAGACGAUAGGGCUAGACGAGACCAGGAUAAACUUAGGGAUGACGAUAGAUCAAGAAAAGAGGAGAAUAGGUCUAGGAGAGAUGACGAUAGGUCAAGAAGAGAAGAGAAUAGGUCUAGGGGAGAUGAUGAAAGGUCAAGAAGAGAGGAGAAUAGGUCUAGGGGAGAUGACGAUAGGUCAAGAAGAGAGGAGAAUAGAUCUAGGGGAGAUGACGAAAGGCCUAGAAAGGAGGAGAAUAAGUCCAGAGAUGAAGACAGAUCCAGAAGAGACGAAAACGGGUCUCGUAGAGAUGAUGAUAGAUCUAGGAGAGAUGAAGAAAAGCCUAGAAAGGAUAAUAGGGAUGAUGACAGAUCUAGACGAGAUGAAAAUAGAUCAAGGAGAGACGAAGAAAGAUCUAGAAAAGAAGAGAUAAGGCGAGAGGAGAGUGAUGACGACCGAAAGAAGAGAAACAAGAAAAAUAAACGAGAUGACCAAAACACGGAAUCUGAAGAGGAUUCUAGGAGUAAAAGCAAGAAAUUAAAAAAUAAAAAGAAGAAAAGUAAAGAGUCUGACAGUGAAGACGAUUCGAGGAGUCGACGUCACGGGAAAGAGAAUAGAAAUAAAGAUACAGACACAGAGUCAAGCAGUAGUAGCAGUGACUCUGAUAGUAGUAGUAGUGACUCAAGUGAUGACGGGCGAAGCAAGAAACGGGACAAAAGGAAAGGUAAAGGAAGGUCUAAAAAAGAUAAAACCAAAUCAAACGACGACGCUGGCUGGGAUAUUAGAAGAGCAAGCAGCAUACGCCGGGAAGUUACAGUCGGGCGUUACUGGGAUAACUGAAUAAAAUAGAGUGCAUACAUAGUUAAAAAAAUACGGAUACUUAUUACUUUUACAACAAUUUUGUUGUAUAUAAACAGCCUAUAGCCACUGCUUGGCAUUUCUUGUGUAAUUAUGAAUAAAAUCUUGGACAAAA